AUGCUGCGUACUGCCUGUCGAGUUCGACUGUGGGUUAUGGCAUUGCUCCGGUCAUCACAAGCUGGCAUUAUGGCUAUCCUCGAGACCCUCCGGGCAGCGCCGUGGGGUCAACACAGCUACCAGUUUCUUGGGGGAGUUCGAGAGAAACCAUACUACUACCAUGUCCGCAUGACAAAGAGGACUUGGGCCGUGGCUUUUUCAGUGGCAGCAGUGAUUUUCUUCCUUCGGUGUUUCCCACUACUCCCGGCGGGAUCGAACCCCAUUGCCAAUGAGCGCUGGUGCGACCAUCCCAUCUCCAAACUUACGUCCGACGCCUCACAAUCAUUCAAUGAAACCUUGAUGCGCCAGUCUAGAUCAUUGAAAGACGCAGUCACAGAAUACCGCCGACGAUAUAACAUGCCGCCCCCUCCCCACUUCGAUAAGUGGUACGAGUUUGCGACGCAGCGGAACACGAUAUUGAUCGACGAAUACGACACAAUACACCGUUCUUUGCAGCCUUUUUGGGGGCUUUCCCCGAGUACAAUCCGCUCCCGUGUUAGGGAGGACCUAGGCCGAGACAAUGUGGUGAUGGGUAUCUCAAUUCGGAGUGGCGAGCCCAUUCACCUAGGCAAUGGCCAGGGAGAUUACCAAGGAAAUGCCACAAUGAGACAGUUCAGCAAAUUUGCUCAAUGGCUGCCCGAUAUGGAUCUCGUGUUCAACGUCCACGAUGAGCCGCGGGUCGUUGUUCCUCACGAGGAGUUACACAGACUGGUAACAAAGGGCUAUACAGCUCAGGCUCGUUUAAAUGGCAAUUCAUUGGUAAAUUAUUUUCCCGGCAAUAAUAUCUCUAUGGAACCCAUUCGGGAAGUGUUCACAACCAGAUAUCUUAAUCUUAGACAGCAGGAAACCUGGCUUUAUUGUCGACUCUCGUGCCCACCCGAUAGCCCGGCUAUGGACCUCGAUGGCAAUGCGCCGGAUAACACUAGCACCUUUGCCAUCGAGCCUUUGGGUUCUCCCUCGCUAAAGCAUAUCCUUGGGAUUUUUGACCGGCCCAAUGCCUUCAAGCUCACGAACGAGCUAGUCCCCAUGUUCUCAACCUCACACCUAUCAUCCUUCCAAGAUAUCCCUAUCCCGUCACCAUGGUACUACGAGAAGAUUGGAGGCUAUCAAUCAGACCACGAUAUCCCAUGGGAGUCAAGGAAAGGGCAAAUCUACUGGCGAGGAGGCAGUACCGGAGGGCUCAGCCAUGAUGGAUCCUGGCGUACUUUGCAGCGACAGCGAGUGGUUGCAUCGCUAGAACACAAACUGGGACAUCCCAUCUUGGAACGCAAGGCAGAGUCCACAUGCAGCAUCGGGGGUGACGAAGGAUGGAAAGUUCGUAGGGCGAAUCAAACGGAGGUCAGCGGAUACUUCAACGCCCAUUUCGUUGCUAUUGUCUUUUGCGAGGGGCAGGACUGUGAUGACGAGAAGAUGUUUUUCGAUGUCAUGGGUCGAGACGACGAAAAUGAGGCGUGGAAAUACCGAUACUUACUGGAUAUGGAUGGCCAUGCUUACAGUGGACGAUUCUAUGCCUUUUUGCAUAGCAAGAGCGUUCCGUUCAAGUUGACCUUUUUCCGAGAAUGGCACGAGAACAUUCUCUUCCCCUGGGUCCACUAUGUGCCACUCAAUAAGGAUGGCAACGAAAUCGCUGAGAUUGGCGCUUCUUCGAGCAGGAUCCUGCUGGGAAGAAGAUUGCCCGAACCAUUGGUGAGGCAGGGCAGUCGUGGGCUGCUAAGACACUCCGGAAUGAAGACAUGGAUGUCUAUAUGUUCCGGCUUAUGUUAG